AUGCCUACGCCAUUAGAUCGCUUGACCCAGUCAAGAGGGUCGUUUUUUGCCUUUACUGGCAUUGUAACAGCUGCAGCUGCGUGGAUGAUAUGGGGGAACGACAUGUUCCCAGCUGAACCGGACCCGACUGGCGAUCCCGAUGCAUGGACAGUCACUGAGCUGCGCCGAUGGCUGAACAAGCGCAACCUUCAUCCAGCCGACUCGUUGACUAGAGACGAGCUUGUAGAGCGCGUUAAGGCAAACAUGCGUCCUCCUCCGAGAGCAUGA